UGUUUAUGACUUAAGAACAGGUGAAGAAAACGUUUUGCCAGGUGUGUUGUUGUAAUACUCUUUUCGGCCACAAGAGGCUGAAGUGCACCACUACCCCCUGUUCUAAACAGGACUAAAAGCAUUCAUGUUUUCUUCCAGAUGAAGCGCAGAUUAAAAUACUUUUCUAGCCAAAAGAAAGACAUGACAGCAAUGUUACAUAACUUGCCAACACAGGAGAAUAUGUACCUGUGUGGAGAAAUUAAACUCACCUGGAAGAAAACAUUAAACACAAUUAAAAGGCAAACAAACUAAAUACUGAGGAAUCCUGCUGGUUCAAUAACUCAUGCCAUGUUACUACUACAUCCCUGUGUCAAGUUCCUGUCAUGCUUCUCUAAAAUGAAAAACAAAGUAAUAUGGAAUCAAAUAAAGGAAAUCCACACAAAGAAGCAGAGAUGUAACUCCUUUGGUCACCAGCAGUUGGAGCUCUUUCAGCUUUGAGAAGAGGUUGAAGCUCCUGGAUAUCAGCUUAAUCUUCUUAGCUCGUUCCUUAAGCCCUCUUCCUCCACAGAUCACACACCUCAGCAGGAGUGCAAGUCGCCACCAUGUACAAAAUGUACAACGCCCAGUGGCACGAUGAGAGCGACGGUGACCAGAAUUCUCUCAACUCCUCUUUUUGGUCUGAUGGAGAGCGUCAGGAAGAUGAGGAGGAAGAGGGGGAGCUGGAGAUUGAGCGAGUGAUCUGCGAGGAAGACUCCAGACCUGUUGGCGAUGCAGAGGACUGUCUCCAGGAGGCUUCAGAGGAGGAGAAACCUGAGCUGAACAACGAGGGCAACAUCAGCGGGGAGAGUGUGGAAGGUGGAAGUGAUGAUGAUGAUGAAGAAAGCUGUAGCAGCAGUUCUGAUAGUCCAGCCCCGAGUCUGAUGACCUCUGGCUACGGCACCUACAGACCAGAGGAGCAGGAGGGAGGAGACUACAGAGACGACCACACCAUAACAGAGUUUGAUCAGGACAGUCGGGGAGAUCUGUCUGAGUUGAGAGAAGGCGAAGAGGACGAUCGUUCGCUUUGCAGCUUUGGCGGGUUUGACAUCGAACCCACAGAGCCGGACUACGACGGGACUCGUCCGCUGAGCGUGUCCACGGACGCCGAGCCUGAAGCUAAUGUGGCGUGUGGUGAUGAUGGUCUGCAUGAAGAGGUGGACAUCACAGACAUGAAACCAGAGGAAGAUAAAGACCAGGCAGAUGAGGAGACAUUUGAAGAUCUACAUGCAGCGUCUGAAAAUGCAACAUCAGAGGAACAACAACGCGUCGCUGCAGUUGAAGACAGAUUUGUAUUGGAUGGGAAGCAUUUGGAAGGUGGGAGUGUUGAUGUUGAAGCGGGAAAACAAUGUGAAAAGCUAGAAGAAGAGUUGCAGGACCUCGAAGAGGAGAAGAACGUGGAGAAAGUGGAGUCGGAGGAUCCAGACGAAUCUUCAAGCAACAAAGACAUCAAGUUUAUCGACUCCAAAGUGGAUUUCAGCCAGAUGACGUACGACAAGUUGUGUGAGGAGUGGGAAGGAAAUCUCAGACAGAAGAAGGACGCAGCGAGCUGUCUGGAGGAGCGACUGGCGGAGCUUCAUUUACCCUCGGCGGCUCAACGCGACUUGGAGACGGAGAACGAAGACGUCACCAGUCAGAGUGACACCCAGAGCUCAGAGUCAGAGGGGAUCUCUUUGAGCGCCUUUGAAUCCUACAUAAGAGGGAUGACUCGAGCUCGAAGUGAAGGUGACCUCAGGCCCAAACCCAAAUCCUUCAUCCGACCAGUGAUGAGUCAGCAAACCGUAAAGAAGACAGACCCAGUGGCAAAGUAUUUCCAGUAUAAGCAGCUCUGGGAAAUGUUUAAACUUCCAGGAGAGAAGGACAGGAGAGAUCUCCGCUGGGAGAUAAAGGAACGACUUGCAUACCAACCUCCACCACCUAAACCUCGGAGAGUCUACGUGCCGAACACCUACACUGUGCCAACAGAGAAGAAGCGCUCGGCCCUUCGCUGGGAGAUCAGGAACGAUUUGGCCAACGGCCUCCUUCCACACAAAUUCAGCUAUCGAUUUUAAGCCUUUUGCUCUCCACAUGCCUUUUUAGAUACUUUUAAUACGUCUUUACAAUGUUUUUUAUCAUUGGCAUUAUUUAUUGAUGAAUUUUUUUGUGAAACAUAAUAAACAUUAACAAAACA